UUAACAAAAUCCCAACCCCUCCACACACUCCAAGUGCAAACGAAAGUACUAGUACAAAACCCAUAACCAAGGAACCAAGAAACUCUCUCAUUCUUUGUUCCAUAAAAAAAUAGUAUUAAAAAAAAAAAAAAAAUCCAAAUCGAACUCCGAUUUUGUGUUUUCGUGAUGGUGAGGAAAUCGAAAGAGAAUGGGUCGGACUCGGUGGCACCGUUUCUGACCAAAUGCUACGAGAUGGUGGACGAUGAGGCCACUGACUCGAUCAUAUCGUGGACUCAGCCUGAGUCAUGCAACAGCUUUAUCAUCUGGGACAUGACCGAGUUCUCUGUCAGAUUGCUUCCUUUGUACUUUAAGCACAACAAUUUCUCUAGCUUCAUGAGGCAACUCAACAUCUAUGGUUUUAGAAAAAUUGAUACAGAUCGCUGGGAAUUUGCAAGUGAUGGAUUUGUCCGAGGUCAAAAGCAUCUGUUGAAGAAUAUCUGUCGAAGGAAAAAGUUACAGCAGCAAGACAACUCAGAUGGACCAGCUGAAAACAUUGAAAACAUGGGGCUGUGGAAGGAAGUUGAGAGUCUAAAGACUGAUAAAAAUUUGGUUAUGCAGGAGUUGAUCAAACUUAGGCAGCACCAGGAAACUUCAGAUAAUAAACUGCUCCUCUUAAGAGACCGCCUUCAAGGAAUGGAAACGAAUCAGCAGCAGAUGCUAUCAUUCUUAGUGAUGGCCAUGCAGAGCCCUGGGAUUUUAGUUCAGCUGCUUCAGCCAAAAGAAAAAAAUUGGCGUAUGCUAGAGGAAAGUAAAGAGGAUGAUAGACCAGUAGCUUCUGAUGGGACACUUGUAAGGUACCAGCCACCAGUCAGUGAAACACCAAAGCCUUUACAUACAGUAACCCCAAGUUCAGAAAAACAACAGGAAUCUGAUCCUUCUCCUGAUGGGAAGAAAGAUUUUUUCUUAAGUCCUGAUUUUUUGAAAAUGCUUACAGAUGAGAAGUUGUGUUCUUUAGAUACCCAUGCCCCAUUUAUGCUACCUGAUUCACCCGAUGAUGGUGCAUGGGAACAGCUUCUUUUAGAUAGUCCUUUCUUAGAAAAUGAUGAGGAUAGAAAGAUGGAUGAUGAGGAGCUUAUCGAUUCUGAAAUGGAGAUGGAAUCAACAGAGUCCAAAAGCCAAUUGGAAAUGUCUCAAAAUUUUGAACGUUUGAUGGAACAAAUGGAGAAAUGUCAGUACUUGGGAAUGGAAUCAUCAAUUGAUAAAGCUCAUUUGGGUAAAUCGCAGAACUUGGAAUUUCUAACCGAGCAAAUGGGGCUUUUGUCUUCUGAAACUAACAACAAACAUGCAUCACAAUAGAAACAUAUGAGGAAUAUGCAGCUUUGUUGUCUUUGUUGACUUUUUUGGUACCCUUCUAUAGCAUAAGUGUAACACAUUCCCCCACUCCAUCAUUCUCUAAUCAAAUAUAUCAUUGUGUCAGCAUGUCUUCUCUAUACAGAUAUUUGGAGGAAUGGCAUUGUGGUGUUUUGUUUCUUGAAUGAUGCCUUCAAAGUGCUUAUAGCUUACUGAAGAAGCUGUUUCUAAAUAGAUGGGUUAAUAGUGUCACUUAUAACUCUUUCUGUUUGGAUUAGUACACUUAUAAGUAAUUCAUGGCUUUACCUUUCAUAACUUUUGCAACUCAAUAUAGUUCUUCCAUACUGUCGUAAGUUUGUAUAUUAUGGGGUACUGAUGCUGAUUCUGUAUAUUCUCACUUGAUAUAUAAAUGCGCGUAUAUAUAUGUAGUAAA